AUGGCGACAAAGGAAACCGAUCACUAUGUGGCUGAUUACAUUCACAUUUUAUUUUUCGUCCUCAGCCACGAAACGUUCACCAGCCUCAGCCACGAAACGUUCACCAGCCUAGCCACGAAAACGUUUCACGAAACGUUCACCAGCCUCAGCCACGAAACGUUCACCAGCCUCAGCCACGAAACGUUCACCAGCCUCAGCCACGAAACGUUCAAAGCCACGAAACGUUCACCAGCCUCAGCACGAAACGUUCACCAGCCUCAGCCGCGAAACGUUCACCAGACUCAGCCACGAAACGUUCACCAGCCUCAGCACGAAACGUUCACCGCCUCAGCCACGAAACGUUCACCAGCCUCAGCCACGAAACGCCACGAAACGUUCACAGCCUCAGCCACGAAACGUUCACCAGCCUCAGCCACGAAACGUUCACCAGCCUCAGCACGAAACUUCACCAGCCUCAGCCACGAAACGUUCACCCAGCCUCAGCCACGAAACGUUCACCAGCCUCAGCCACGAAACGUUCACAGCCUCAGCCACGAAACGUUCACCAGCCUCAGCCACGAAACGUUCAUCAGCCUCAGCCACGAAACGUUCACCAGCCUCGCCACGAAACGUUCACCAGCCUCAGCCACGAAACGUUCACCAGCCUCAGCACGAAACGUUCACAGCCUCAGCCACGAAACGUUCACCAGCUCACACGAACGUCACACAAACGUUCACCAGCCUCAGCCACGAAACGUUCACCAGCCUCAAGCCACGAAACGUUCACCAGCCUCAGCCACGAAACGUUCACCAGCCUCAGCCACGAAACGUUCACCAGCCUCAGCCCACGAAACGUUCACCAGCCUCAGCCACGAAACGUUCACCAGCCUCAGCCACGAAACGUUCAACCAGCCUCAGCCACGAAACGUUCACCAGCCUCAGCCACGAAACGUUCACUCAGCCUCAGCCACGAAACGCAGCCUCAGCCACGAAACGUUCACCAGCCUCAGCCACGAACACGUUCACCAGCCUCAGCCACGAAACGUUCACCAGCCUCAGCCACGAAACGUUCACCAGCCUCAGCAAACGAGCAAACGUUCACCAGCCUCAGCCGCGAAACGUUCACCCGCCGUUCCCUUUUCGGAGUCCUCGCCUCCAAUUUCCUCUCGCUUUACCUCCACCGUCGCUUAG